CGCCAAUAUUUUCCAAUGUUGUGGUCUAUUCUAGUAUUCAGAUUUUUUCUGUAGGACAAUAUCAGUAAAUAUACUCAAGCAGAGAUCAAUGAACUCCCGAGAAAUCUCUAAAAAAUAUUUAGAAACUUUACAAAUAAUAUAGUUUGUGGGAAAAGGUUUGAAAUGUUCUGUUGAAAACAAUGUUUUUGUAGUUUGUUGAACAAAUUGUUGAAUUAAAAAGUUUGUUUAAUUAAUUUCUGAAGUUUGAUCAUUUUGGUGGUAAGUAAAGUUUGGCACAAAAGGAGGAUGCAAACUUAUAUAAGAUGGUUCCUUCUCUUUCUACCUUUUCUGUUAUCUCUUAUUGAUAAAAAUGAAGGGAAAACCAUUCAGGAAGUAGAAUGCAAGAGCGAAGCCUGCUUGGAAGCUGCGGCAGAUUUGAACGCAGGUCUUGAUAGGUCGGUGAAUCCCUGCGAUGACUUCUACCAGUUUACUUGUGGCAAUUGGGCCAAAGUGCACCCUCUGCCCCCUACAGAGGCUCACUGGAACCAGUUCAAUGUCGUCAAUUUGAAGCUCGAACAGCAGUUGAAGAAAAUUCUUGAGACCCCGAACAAGCCUUCAGAUUUGGAACCUGUGAAGGCGCUAAGAAUGCUGUAUAAAACCUGCACUAAUAUUGAGAGAUUGGAACUAGACGGUUUGAGACCCUUGAUGGAACAGUUCGAUGAAUGGGGAGGCUGGCCCAUGUUAACUAACAACUGGAACCCCCAAGACGUUAACUGGCAAGAGCUGUUGGUUUAUCUCAGUUUAAACAUGGAUUACAGUCCUCUAAUCAGCACGUCGGUUAAUGUGGACAGGAAGAACUCCAACGUUUAUGUGAUCACUAUCGACCAGCCCACUCUCUCACUCUCUAGAUCCAUGUUGGUCAAUCCAGAGCUUUAUCCAGUUCAGAUUUCGGCGUUCAAGAAAUGGAUUCUAGACAUGGCGGCCAUUUUGGGUCAACAACAACGGAUAGAGAGAGAGGUAUUGAUGCAGAUUCCUAUUGAAGUAGAGAGGAUAGUGAAUUUCGAGAUCAAUUUGGCUAAGUUGACAUCUCCUUCUGAGCUAAGACGCAACGGUGAGAGAAUCUAUAACAAUAUGACAAUCGGAGAUCUCCAGGAAUGGACUGAUUCUGCUUCUGAAACUGGAGAAUCUUUGAUAGACUGGCUGUCGCUACUGAAAAUGCUCCUCCAAGACACCAACUCAGAGAUCGAUUUAUCGGAGAGAGUGAUAGUGCGUGAGAUGGAUUACCUGUUCAACCUGGUGCGCCUGAUGGAGUCCACCCAGCAGAAGACAAUCGUCAACUACCUCUUCAUCAAAUGGAUCCGCGUGAUUAGCACAGAGAUGACGAUCGAUAUGAGGAGGGCGACGUUCUUCUUUGAUCAAGUCUUCACUGGGGCACAAGAGGAACAGAUCAGAUGGAGAGACUGCAUCGUAACGGCUAACCAAGCUAUGCCUAUGGCGGUCGGAUAUAUUUAUGUCCAAGAAUACUUCAACGAUGAAGCUAAGAAAUCUGCGCUGGAUAUAUUAAGGAACAUCCAGACCACUUACAUUCAUAAAUUGGCCGAUGUUUCUUGGAUGGAUAAUAGAACAAAAAUGGCCGCUCAAGAUAAACUCCAAGCAAUGACACCUGCUAUUGGCUACCCUGACUGGUACCAUAAUAAUACGGCGCUGCAGAUUUAUUACAAAAAUUUGAGAUUUGGACCACACCAUUAUCACAACAUCCAAGCCUACAAGAGAUUUACGAAACUGAAAAAUCUGAGAGAACUGAGAAAUCCUGUGGAUAGGAAUAAGUGGUAUUUCAGUCCAGCUACAGUGAAUGCAUUCUACAGUCCGACCAUGAAUACAAUAACAUUUCCAGCUGGUAUUCUCCAACCACCAUUUUUCAAGAAAGGAAGACCACAAGCUUUGAAUUAUGGAGGUAUAGGAGUUGUAAUUGGUCAUGAGAUGACUCAUGGAUUUGAUGAUCAUGGAAGACAAAGUGACAAAUUUGGCAACCUCGCUCAGUGGUGGAGUGCUGAGACUCUUAAGAAAUAUCUCAAGAAAACUGAAUGCUUUGUAAAUCAGUAUAGCAACUACUCUUUGCCUGAGUUGGAUGAACUACUCAUGAAAACAGUCAAAGUAAAUGGACUUCUAACCCUUGGUGAAAAUAUGGCGGAUAACGGGGGUUUACAGCAAGCUUAUCUGGCCUACAAGAAAUCAAUGCAGAACGAAAAAACUGAACUGAAACUUCCCGGUUUUCAAAACUUCACUUCUGACCAACUGUUUUUCUUGGGAUUUGCUCUG